AUGUCUGCUAUCUUUAUCUCAAACUUAAAUAGUUCCAGAUUUAUUCUCACUGGUUUUCCUGGCCUAGAAGUUGACUAUCUCUGGCUCUCCAUUCCUUUUUCUUCCAUCUACAUUAUAGUUUUCCUGGGAAACUGCAUGGUGCUGCAUGUAAUCCGGACUGAGUCGAGCCUGCACCAGCCCAUGUUCCACUUCCUGGCCAUGCUGGCCCUCACCGACCUGUGCAUGGGGCUGUCCACGAUGUAUACAGUGCUUGGGAUUCUGUGGGGGUUCAUUCAAGAGAUCAGCCUGGAUGCCUGCAUUGCCCAGUCCUAUUUCAUCCACGGUCUGUCCUUCAUGGAGUCCUCCGUCCUCCUUGCCAUGGCUUUUGACCGCUAUGUUGCCAUCUGCCACCCACUACGCUACUCCUCCAUCUUAACUAAUGACAAAAUCAUGAAAAUCGGGGUGGCAAUCUUAUGCAGGAGUACUUUACUCAUACCUCCAGUCAUCAUUCGCCUAAAGUUCUUAAAUUACUGCCGUCCCCACAUCCUCUCUCACUCUUUCUGCCUGCACCAGGACUUAAUUCGAAUGGCCUGUUCAGACAUCCGCUUCAACAGCAUCUAUGGGCUGGCCCUGGUGAUCAGCAACCUGUUGCUGGAUGCAGUACUCAUACUCAUCUCCUAUGUCAUGAUCUUGCGUGCAGUCUUAGCUAUCGCAUCACAGGAGGAGAGAAUCAAGUCCUUGCAGACCUGUGUAUCUCACAUCUGUGCUGUUUCGAUUUUCUACAUCCCCAUCAUUGGUCUGACCAUGGUGCACCGCUUUGGGAAACAUCUCUCACCAUUGGUUCAUGUCCUCAUGGGCCACAUCUAUAUCCUUUUCCCACCCUUGAUGAAUCCCAUUAUUUAUAGCAUCAAGACCCAGCAAAUACGAAGGAGAGUCCAGAGAUUGUUUUACUUGAAAGAAAUGAAAUUGAUCCCCGGAGCAACAAUUCGAUUACUGGCAGUCUGA